AUGUCUGAUCAUGCUGUAUGGUAUAGAGUUGCUGUCAAUAUCAUUCCUCCAUUUACUAUUCUGAAGAACUAUGCUCCAACUAGAACGAAAUAUCAGCGUGUUACCAGAAGCCAGAUUACUGGGUAUGAACUGGAAACUUUCGAUAUCCUUUUGAAGUCAGAAAACAUUAAACCGAAGUAUUACGCUAGAGUCGCCAACCAGGAUAUGUACUAUGGGACGAUUUUAUCCAAUGGCACCACAACUGGAAUGUUUCAUGAUUUGCAAUCAGGCCAAUUUGAUGCUAUGAUCGGCUACGUAAAAGACAUCAAAUUUCUCAAGAAGUAUUUUGAUGUAACAAGUAAGAAGAAAAUCCGUGAAACAACAUCGAUCACUUGCUUAAACGAAUACACAUUUAUAAAGAAGUAUACGAACUACCAGUGGAGGAUUAUAUGGAACCUGAUAAGUCCAGUGCUCCCUUUAAUAUUAUUUGUAUGGAUAGUUGAACAAGUGAUCGUUUAUUGGUUGCUUCAAAGAAAAUUGUCCACCUUGGCAAACGUUUUCCUUGACAUUACCAAACUGUUAACAGGCAAAGCUUUGGAGACUUCGGGCGGGCGAAGAACCAGAAAGCGCUACCCUAGACUAGCAGCGUUGCUUUGGAUAGUUUUUCAGGCAUUUUUCACGGCAAUUUUUCAGUCCGUAUGGACUUUGCAUCUAUCAAAUCCAAAAACUGGAUACACUCUAGUUCCCACCAGCAUUGACUAUCUUCUUGAAAACAACCUCAAAUUGUUUUACAACCCGUAUGACAGAAAGUAUUUUUCAAACGAACGCUUUCAAGUGCUGAAUAAUAGUGAACAUUGCUUUGGAUUUGAAGAAUGUAUCGAAGCAGUUAAUAGUGAGCCUACAUCGUAUACCAUUUUGUCAACUGCUCUAAUUCAUUAUAAAUUUGCCGAUCCUCAAUCUCCUGAAUUUCAUAAAGAUUGGAGGUGUUUUUCCGAUGGGCAAAUCAAAAGUGGUAACUUCUUCGUGUUUCAGAAAAACAAUUCUUUAACAAAAAUACUGGGUAACAAAUUAUUAUGGCUUGCCAGUCAGGGCAUUAAUUUGUCUCAAGUCAAUAAAUUUAUUAAACCUCAAAUCGACUGUCCAAAAACAAUUAUUGGCAGUGCUCUGGGUAUGAAGAACAUGAGGCCAACUUUAUAUGUUCUGUGGGCGGGACAUAUUUUGGCUGUCUGCUGUUUUCUCAUUGAAUGUGUAGUUUAUCGAAUUAAGCGAAAGUAAAAGUUUUACUUUA